CAAAAAUCUUUGCAGAACGAUGUUGUAACAGCGACGAAAAACGUAAACAUAGUAUGACGAAAGUAGAGCUGUUGCCGUUUCGCUUGUUUGGUGAAUGAAAAGUGUAAACAGUGUGCGUUUCAAGAUUAUACCACGACGUAUCAGUACCUGACUAGGAACCACAGCGGCACCUCGUUCUUUCAUUGCGCUUCUAAAAUAACAAAUCAUGCAAGCAGCUGCACCCGGCGGCGGCAUGCAGGGGGCUGCAGCGGGCCCGCAGCUUUCUCAAGCGGAAAUUGCAGUAGCGGAAAUGAAGGGCAUGGCAGAUUGCUUCUCAAAACUCCAGUCCAGCUGUUACGCGAAGUGCAUACCGAUAUCAAAUGUAAAAAUGUCUGUGUCUGGAAGAAUGCAAGAUUUGUCAUGCAGAUUUCUUAUGAACCAUGAUGCCUGUAAUGCAUGAACUAGCAUCACAGACUUUUAGAGGGCUUCCUGAUCAUGCACCCUCCGCAUGAGAAAUGCCCUGUCCGUGUAGCACAAACUGUACCCCUCUUGCUGGUCAUGCAAUACAAAUUUUUUUAGACUCCAAAAACAGCAUGACAAGUUCCAACCUUCCAGACCCAGACACUUUUACAUUUGAUAACCGAACGUGAAGGAGCCAACGCUGUCAGCGGGGGAGCAAAGUUGUGUCGACAGGUGUGUGUCAAAGUACUUAGACGUCCACCAGAUUGUCGGGAAGGAGUUGGCGCAGGCGAUGCAAAAUGCGAACCCGAUGGGCUGAGAUUAGGCACAGAUUGAGUAACCUUUGUUUGUAAUGAGAUGAGCAAGCUGUCUUGGACAGAUUUCCAAUCUCGAGGACAUCUUGAUCCUGUGACGAGCUUAUUCUUUGUGGGUCAUUUAGAUUUUACGAUAACGACUCAUUGUUUUGCAACCACGAAAUAGCGCGACAAAAAUACAACGACUUGCUAGAAACAUCGGCACUCCAG